ACUCCUGCCCAGUGGCUCCGCCGCCUCCUUUGCCCCUGAGGCCAGAAAGGCCGGUGCCGGUGCCGCCUCCUUUCCUCCUUGUGGAGCCGCCGCCACCGGGGUCUUUUCCUUCCAAAUGAAAGACGAAAAAGGAGCCUGAGAGCUCGCGAUCGCUUCAGACCUCCGCGCCGAGCGCCUUUGGCCCCUCGUCGCGUUGCUCGGGCGCUUCGGCGCGCAGUGAGACACCCUCGGCUGCUCCUGAUCGCUUUCCCCAGCCAGCCAGCCUUCCACCCACCCCUCCUCCAAAGUCUUGGGAAAGCUUCAUGCAGCGCUGCGGAUCGAGCCAGAUCCUAGCGGGAGAAGGGGGGGCAAUCCAGCCCCGGCAAACCUUUUAGACGGCGCGGGGGGGGGGCGUUGCGAGCCUCUCGCUUGCUCAACCACCCCACCCCCUGCAGAGGCUUUGGAGCCAACUCCCUCCCUACUUCGGAGAAUCCCUCUUUUCCCCCUUUCCGGAGCUGCAGCUGGAGUAAAAGGAGCCCGGAGAGGUGGGGAGGGCAACCUGUCUGCCUGCCUCCUUUUCUUACAAGUUAUAACUUAGCAAAGAGACUUCCGGCCACGGCCUCGUCCCUCCAGCCAGCCACUUUGGGGGGCGAAAAGUUCAUUGAUAUUGAACAUCAUUGGGGGUUAGUUUGGAAAGUAGCUCUGGGCAGAGGGAAGGAAGGAACCCUCGCUGGGCUUUUAAAAGCGCCGUGGAGAAGCAGCUCUUCCAUUUGGAAGAGGGAUUCGUCCUCUCUCCCCCCCCCAUUUUUUUUUUUUAAAUAAAGUCAUUGUGCUAGCAUCAAGGCGCUCCGAUGCAACUGCUUGAGCUUCUCCUCUUUUACGUUGGAAUCUGGGCCAACUUUUCCACCCAUCUGGGCUCCACCGCUGGCUCCCAGAGCGGAUCUAUCAGAGCCUUGCGCGCCUCGAACCUGCGGAGAGAUGAGAGCAAUCACCUCAUAGCCUUGUACCGGAAAGAAGAGACCAUCCACAUCUUGCGAAAUGGCGACAUCCACAGCCCUCGUUUCCCACACAACUACCCCAGGAAUGUGUUAUUAACAUGGAGGCUGCUUUCACCAGAGAACGCAAGAAUACAGUUGGUGUUUGAUAAUCUAUUUGGACUAGAGGAGCCAGAGAAUGAUAUCUGCAGAUAUGACUUUGUGGAAGUGGAAGAUAUAUCCAAAAUCAGCACGCUUAUCCGAGGACGGUGGUGUGGAUACAAGGAAGCUCCUCCAAGAAUAACAUCAAAAACAAACCAGCUGAAGAUCACCUUCAAAUCUGAUGACUUCUUUGUGGCUAAACCUGGAUUCAAGAUUUAUUUUUCUCUGGUGGAUGAUCUCCAGCCGGCUGCAUCUGAGACCAACUGGGAAUCGGUCACAAGCCCUGUCUUGGGCGUUUCCUAUCACUCUCCAUCAGUGACCGACCCUACUCUUACGGCAGAAGCUCUGGAUCAAACCAUUGCUGGAUUUGACACUGUGGAGGAACUGCUCAAGCACUUUAAUCCAGAUACAUGGCAAGAAGAUCUUGAAAGUCUGUACACAGACACUGCCCCACAUCGAGGUAGAAGCUACUAUGAAAGGAAAUCUAAAGUUGACUUGGAUAGGUUGAAUGAUGACGUGAAGCGAUACAGCUGCACUCCGAGGAAUUAUUCUGUCAACAUAAGGGAGGAAUUGAAGCAAACCAAUGCUGUUUUCUUUCCACGGUGCCUCCUCGUCCAGCGCUGCGGGGGAAACUGUGGCUGUGGGUUUACCCACUGGAAAUCCUGCUCAUGUACAGCAGGAAGGCUGGUGAAAAAGUAUCAUGAGGUGUUAAGGUUCAUUCCUGAAGCAGGUCACAUCAGGAGGAGGGGCAGAACCAAGAACAACAUGGCACUGAUCGAUAUUCAACUGGAGCACCAUGAGCGUUGCGAUUGUGUCUGCAGUUCAAGGCCACCCCGAUAAAAACAGGCAAUGCCAUCCUAUUUGCAACUUAAAGAACCUCUUUCUCUUGGAGGAGGAGCAGUCUGCAGAGGUUCUCCUAGCAGGCCCACCGAACUUGGAUAAUAGCCUGCCUUGUAGCUGGUAGUAGAGACAUCCACAGCUCCCAAAAAAGUACUAAGUGCCACAACAAGUAAUGAUUAAUCAAACAGAUGUAUGUGUGUGAUUUCAAAUAUGGGAUUAAGCAUUAGAAAACAAGAGAAGCCAAAACCUGAAAUCUUCAGUGUCUGCAGUGAGCAUGAUGGCAGUAUUCUUUUGGCUGAAUUUUCUAGUUGGCUUUUAAAAUCCUACAUGCAUAAGUGAUGCAAUGGGUACACAAGCAUGUCUUCAUAUACCCUUGCACACAGGUCUUCGCACACACAAGCCUAUUGACUUAAGCACACAUAAAUGUAAAUAAGGGGGGAACCAUAUACAUACAUAUAUUUAAAAUAGGUAAUCCAGUUUAUACACAAGCAUCCCAAUGCAGCAGAUGUUCUCUGUGAAGAAAUAGGUGUCCACAUGUGGAACUGAUGCAGUGGGCAUACAAAACCUUGGUGCUGCAUGAGGGAGCAAAAGACCAUAUCCAGCUAUGUGAGAUGCAUAGAUGCAUGCAUUACUUUGCAUACAUAGAUACAGUCAUUACAACAUACAGAUCACCACAAGCAAACUUGUACAGUAAGCAGUCUAGAUCCAGAGGUGCUGGGACUGGUGUGUAGCCUUCUGCUUACUAAAAAGUAUUCUGGGAUUAGGGUGAAGAGCUCCCCAAAAGAGCUGGCCCUUGCCUCUUCAAAAUACAGGUUCAGAUACACUAAACCAAGGGUUCCAAAACGGUGGUCCAUGAGCUUCAUUCAGGUGGUCCGCAGCAUGUCUGUAAAAAUACAAUUAAAAAAGAUAUAUCACCUUCCACGGUGCAUUACAAUUGCUAUAACCGGCAGAAAACUCAUUAAGUGGUCCACCAUGACCCUCCACAAUUUUCAUGUAGUCUGUGGCAAAAAAAAGUUUGAGGACCACUGCAUUAAAUGGCUAUGAUGGACAGAGACCCGCAAAGUAUCUUUUUGAUUGGGCUAAUGUCUAUCCGUGUGCCAUGAUGAUGUGGCCUGGUGCUGCCAGGUAGCUUAAGUUACAUUUAAUGUAGGGACGGACAGUUUCUGCAUUCUCAGGAGACACACUAUUCUCCAGAUAGUGAUAGGGCCCAUUAAGGUGAUGCUUGGUGGAAGCCACCAUGGAGUUUCAGAAGAACGUUUUGCAAACUACAGCUGUUUCUAUUGGUUUGAAAAGAUUCCUUCCCAUCCUCUCAUCUACAGACAUCUCUAGGCUGAGACUCAGGCCUUGAACACAAUAUUUUGUGGGAAGAUAGUAGCAUACAAAUAGCCUUAAAUGUGUGGCAUGGACUCUCCACUUGUAGACUCCACAGAAAGCACUUAUCAAGAUACAUCCCUCUGGGUGGAAAUUCCAAAGAAAUCCCCCUCCUUCCCCACCUUAUUCCAUCCUUAUCUGCAGCUUAUGUUUAAGCUGGAGCACCUUAGAAUGGUUUUUAAUAAUAACAAUGCUUAGCAUUUUUAUAGUGCUUUCAAGUGUCCGCAGUGCUUCACAUACAUUACCUAUCUGUAAUCUAAUCAAUAAUCCUAUCAGGUUGUUAUACGUCUGUAAGGCAAAACAAUAUUAUUAUUAUCCUCCAUAUUGCAAAUGGGGGUGGGGUUGAGGCUGAGUGGUUUGACUAAGACCAACUAAGUGAGUUCACAUCAGACGUGAGAUUCGAACUGGGGACAUCCUGAUUCAAAGCUCAGUAUCUUAACCGCAGAGCUUGGAAAAGUUACUUUUUUGAACUACAACUCCCAUCAGCCCCAGCCAGCAUGGCCACUGGAUUGGGCUGAUGGGAGUUGUAGUUCAAAAAAGUAACUUUUCCAAGCUCUGCUUAACCGCUACACUAUACCAGCUCUUCCUGCAUAUGUAUUAAAGGGAAAAUGAGAGCUGAGUUCUAGCUUAUAGAGGGACUGGUUUAAACAUCAAUAUUCUUUUAGGUACAGUACACAUAAAAAGUACCAUAUUUUUUCUCCUUAUAUACUAUAAUGUUAGUUAACUGCAUUUAGUAACUUCCAUGGCCAAGUUUAAACUUUUGGCCUUUUUUAUUUUUAAUAAUCUUGGGACUGCAUUUUGGUGAGACGUAUUAAUGCCUUGAGCCUCACCUGAUCCUUGCCAAACAAUACUGAAUGUUUAUUACUUUUCACAGAAUAUAGAUAUUCAUUUACUGUCCGGCUCUUGGAGAAAUAGAGUACCUUAAAAGCUACCACAUAGCUAGCUUCUUGUGCUUUUGAACAUAUUAUGAGCUUUGAUUAAGGUAAGGAAGAAGAUCCUUUUCAAUGACUUUUUGAAUCUUCUCACUCACCGCACUCCAUCCAAUGCAAAAUGUAGGCUAGCUUAAGAGUUCAAGGAAAUGAACUUUUGAUUGUGAAUAUAAUGGAGAAAAUAGGGUGGAACGUUUCACAGACAAGGAUUUAUACUUAACAGCAAUCUGAAGCUGCACUUCAUUUUUAUGUGUUGCUUUUUCAUUCCUGUCUUUAAAGACAAAAGAAAUGGUUUUACAAUAGCAUCUCCUGCAUUAACCAGAAAUGGACUUAUUAUGAUCAGGUAAUAUUGUAAACUUUUGGACUGCUCCUAUUCUGCUGAUUAUAUCAACAGCACAGUUCUAAAAUUAUCUCCAUCCUCUUGAUUGGCUUCUUUUAUCCAGCUGAAUGUUUUAUGUGCUCCCUUUAUACCUCUAUCAAACCCUUCCUGUAAUAUGGUUUAAUGUUGAGUGAGUUGCUCCUUACAAUUCUGGUGGAACUUUUGGGAAGCCCAACAUGGCUUGUCUGAUUUCUUUGUUUUCCUUUAUUCAUACUGGUUGCGAUUUUUCCUAGAUGUCUCUUUAAGAUGCUUAAUUCAUUAUGCGCCUAUAUCUAAUGAGCAGCUCUGAAGCCAAAGAUCCUUAGCUUUAUGACUUAUUUUGAAAAGAUCCUUCAAAAUUCUUCAUUUGGGUAAAAAUUGCUAAUAUUUGAGGUUAAUACUGGAAAACUACAAUGUAAAAUCUGUGAAUUUAUAAUCCUUAAUGGACAUUAUUGGCUAUACUGUUGUCCAGGUAAUGCCAGUGCAUGGUUUUAAUUGGGUUAGAGUCCCAUUUAGUUUGUAUUUUUUUCAUUGAUUCUUGACUCUUUUCUUCAGUCACGUCAUGGACUAUUCAUAUGGGUGAAUUACAUGCAUAAGGAUGUCUGUAUCAUGGUACAUGUGAGCUUAGUCAUAGGAACUGCUACAGUCUUCCCCAAUCCAGUGGCCUCCAGAUGUUUUCUGACCCCUGCAUGUGCUGACUGGGGAUGAUAGCAGUUGUAGUUCAAAAAUCUGGAGAGCACCACACAGGGAAAGAUGAUCUGCAGAAACUGGAGAGCAGGGCGUCAUGUGAGCCUGAUAUUUGCUCCUUUCCCCACUACACUACUGUCAGUGCUAGCAUUUGAACUGGUGCAUGCUGACAUGUGAAGCCAGGGGCUAUUCCUGUGACUGGUCUUGACAACCCAAGUCAGCAAAAAUCAUUUUCACAAAAUGUACCGUCUUGAUUUUUCCAGCCCCUGCCCCUGAACACUGCUAACAUUCUGAACUAGCAGAGAACUCUAGGUUUGUGACCAGUGGGCAAUGCAAGUGUUUUUACGUGCAACAUCUAAAAGAUCUGAACAUCCCAAUGGCUAUGUCAGCAAACCAGGUGGUGCUUGCUCAACAUGGGAGCCCUCUCCUCCUCCCUCCAGUAUGCUGACACAGCUGGUUUUGAGGAAUAAGCUGUCAAAAUAGCAGAGCUUGGAAAAGUUACUUUUUUGAACUACAACUCCCAUCAGCCCCAGCCAGCAUGGCACUGGCUGGGGCUGAUGGGAGUUGUAGUUCAAAAAAAGUAACUUUUCCAAGCUCUGCAAAAUAGCAAUGACAGGGAUGAUGCUCAGGCGAUAAGCAUGGAGGUAACCAAACAGAGCUCACAUGUAUUAAUUGCAAAGAAUUAUAAACAGGGUGAGUUGCUAUUCUUUUCUCCCCUUUUCUUCUCCUUUUCUUCUUCCCCGUUAGAUUGGAUAUGAUUUCUCUGGGUACUCCGCAAGAAGUUCUGCAUACAUCUGGUCAAAAUGAAUGUGAGCUGCACAAAAGCACAGUAGAUUGUACCCAUUUGUGCGGAGGUUAUGAUCCAGCUCUCUCGUUUUCAUUUGGUUCAAACAGUAUCAGAUCCAUUGUGCAACUAUCGCUUUCAAAAAUCCUGAAAUAGACCCAUCCUUUCAAAAGGGGCUCUGCUACUUGGGAAGAUUCCUUUAAAAAGGGUCAGGGGAGCCGUCAUAUUCUUCUCAAGAUAGACUGCUUUUUCAUGUGCAAUUUAUAUAUGUAUUGUUAUUUUUUUGUGCUGUUAUAUCCCUAAAAUGCUGCCUUUUUCUAAACUGACAUUUUGACAGUAUAGCACACACAAUAUUUGUCUUUUAGUGCCAAUUAAAAAUAAAUGGUAGCUUUUGAA